AAACAUCUAUUUAACUUGAAGUUUGCUGCAAAAGAACUUAAUAGGAAUGCCAAGAAAUGUGAUAAAGAAGGAAAGACUGAAAAGACCAAGAUUAAAAAGGCCAUUCAGAGAGGCAAUAUAGAAGUUGCAAGAAUACAUGCUGAAGAUGCAAUCCUCCAGAGGAACCAAGCAAUUAAUUUUUUGAGAAUGAGUGCUAGAGUUGAUGCUGUGGCAGCCAGAGUUCAAAUUGCAGUAACAAUGGGCAAGGUAACUAAGUCUAUGGCAGGUGUAGUCAAGUCUAUUGAUGGUACACUGAGGAGUAUGAAUCUUGAAAAGAUUUCUGCCCUGAUGGACAAAUUUGAACACCAGUUUGAAACACUUUAUGUUCAAACACAACAAAUGGAAGACACAAUGAGUAGCACCAGUGUGGUUCAAGAAUUAGGAACAUCUGUAUCAUCUGGGACCUCUUUAGGAAUGUAG